CGUCCCCGUUGCUCCUCCUACAGUGCCGGCGACGAGGGUGGCUGGCGUGGCGGGAGCGGCUGGGCGGAUUCCUUGCUUGGUGAGCCAUAAGCACCACCGCGACACCCCGGUUCUGGUGCUUUGGUACAGGGACGGCGCCAGGUUCCCUUUCUACACCCUGGACUUGCGAGAGGGCGGCGACAAGCAGGAGUUCGUGGACCCGGAGGUGAAGGGCAGGGUGAGGUCGGAGGUCACGGGCGGCCACCUGACUCUCAGUCCACUCAAGGGCGAAGACUCCGGCAGAUACAAGUGUCGCGUAGACUUCGAGGUGUCACCGACGCUCUUCGCUUACGUCAAUCUCACGGUGUAUGUGGUGCCCUCCAGGUUGAUGGUUGUGGGCAGCGACAACCAGGCGGUGGCGGCAGGUCUCCUGGGGCCUCUGACUGAAGGCGACGCGCUCACCCUCUACUGCGUCGCCCUCGGAGGCUGGCCGGCCCCAGAGGUGACCUGGUGGCGCGGAUCAACACUGCUCGCCAACAACAGCCAAGUGACAGGGUACGACAAGGAUGCCCUCGCCGCCUUCCCCGCCCCGCCGCCGCCAUCAGCGAGCGAGGGUCAGGUGAGCACCAAGCUGAGCAUUCCGGCACUUACGAGGGACUACGUGCAGGCGAACCUCACCUGCCGCGCCGUCAACAACAACAUCACGACGCCGCUUUCCACUUCGCUGGCCCUCCUGCUGCACCUGCGGCCGAGGACUGUGGACAUCCGGGUACCCAAGGCUCCUCUUGUGGCGGGCCAGGAGACGAGGCUCGAAUGUCUGGCGGUCGGGGCGUAUCCAGCGGCCACCCUCACCUGGACCAAGACUCUAAACGGCGUCUCCACCACACUACACGCCCCUUCCCGUCACGUCGGAGAGAAAACGUGGUCGUACCUGACGGUGGUGCCCAAGGCGGGGGACCACCAGGCCACGCUCACCUGCACCGCCCGCAACCCCAACAUCUCCCACCCGGGCCUCACCACGUCCGCCAAGCUCACCGUCGUCUUCGCGCCGAGGGUGGAGCUUCGUCUGGGCGCAAAUCUCGGGGAGCAGCCCAUCACGGAGGGCAGGGACGUGUACUUCGAGUGUGACGUUACCUGCAACCCACCGGCGAGGGAGGUCAUUUGGACGAAAGAUAACGAGCGAGUAACCAGCCAGCGGAAGGAAGGGAUCUUGGUGUCCGACAGGAACCUGGUGCUGCAAACCGUACGCCGCUCCUCCGCCGGCAACUACACCUGCACUGCCACCAACACCCAGGGCUCCACCACCAGCAACACCCUGCACCUCGACAUCAUGUACUUGCCAGUGUGCAAAGAUGGGCCGCAGACGGUGGCAGUGGCGGAGGGGGAGAACACCCGCCUCUCCUGUAGGGUGGACGCGCGGCCCAACGACGACCUCUCCUUCACGUGGUUCUUCAACAACACCCUGGACACCGUGGAGGUCGAUCACCACCGGUUCUCGGUCCUUCCCGGCCUCAGCGUGCUCGAUUACACGCCAAGGUCUGCGCGGGACUACGGCACCGCUGUCCUGCUGGGCCACCAACACCGUGGGCAUGCAGGUGGACCCGUGCAGGUUCGCUGUGGUUGAGGCAGGGCCUCCAGAGCGGGUGGCGAACUGCGUGCUGGUGAACCUGACAGUGGGCACUCUGGAGGUGGGCCUGCACGCCGGGCAACGACGGAGGGCUGCCGCAACAUUUCGUGGCGCGGGUGUACGCGGCCCCGACGCAGG